AUGUACAAAACACGCUCAUUUAGUGGUCCAUCACAUCAAAAAUUAUCAAACUUUCUUGAAACACAAAGUAUAGAUGAUAAUAAAAAUGUUAAUGAUUAUUAUCAAAUAAUUCAUAAUUUAUUUCUAUUGGAACUUAUGAAACAAACAAUAUGUGUAUCAUGCAAAGUGAUGUGGAACGGUGAUAUGUCCAUAUCAAAGAGAGAAGGAGCGAAUUUCGUUGGUAUUGGUCAUCAAGGUCUCACAAAGCUUUGUGCUAUACUGAACUUACCAACUCCCAUUGAUGAAGAUCAUUUUUCUGAGACCAUCGAAUAUCUACUUCCAAUAUUUGAAUCACACAAGUCUCUAUCAAUGCAAAAUGCUAUCGAAGAAACUUGCAAAAAAUCAAAUGGAUGUAAAAUUACUGUUAGUGGGGAUGGUACUUGGCAAACACGUGGCUUUUCUAGUUUACAUGGAAUCGUAGAUAUUUUAUCUACAGUGCCAACUGCUAAAGUAUGGAUACGAUUAAUUUAUUGAGCCUUUGCCGCUAUUACACUUAUAAGUGGUAUUGUUUCAUUGGUCUAUGGAAUUUUUUUAUUAAUUCAAAAUGUUGGCGUCGAAUAUAAUUAUGGCGCAAUUAGUUUAUUUACAAUAAGUAUCAUCCUUAUUGUUGUUGGUGGUUUAUUAAUAAUAACUGUACUUUUGGGUGUAUUGGGAGCUCUGAAGGAUAUUUCGACUGUACGUUUGGUAUCACUUGUAUUACUGUUCAUUUUAUUUGUAGUACUUGUGAUUCUUGGUGCUUGGGCAAUGGUUUCAUUUAAAACAGGUCGUUUAGAAAAAAGUAUUGGUUUGGAUAUAAAUCGUUUGAAAGACAAACUGACAGAAUUAACACCGAUACUCAAGAAGGAGACUGCUUUUUUGAAUGAACAUUACAAUUGCUGUAUUGUAUAUAAUACAAAUACAGGUUCUGGAGAAAGAACAGAUGCUCGCUGUGUCGAUUCAGGUAAUGAUGAAAAUACAAAUAAUAAAACAGAUUUCGUUAACCUUUGUGUUAAUGCUUAUUUUCAAAUGAAAUCUAAAGUCGUUUAUCGUGUGGCUAUUUUGGCAUUAGCCACUGCUGGUGCCGUACUUAUCGCUCUUCUUUUAUAUGGUGUUGUAUCUCAACGUGCACGUGCUGGAUAUGCAGCUGUUUCUCGUGGGUAA